AUGGCUACAGCAACAACAGAAUCACACGAAGAUGCGACGUGUUUACAAGGUAUGGCUGUAGAGCACCACAAUUACUACAAUUCGGACCAUGGUGCUUCCGAAGCAGAUACCAGUGCACUUCUCCACUUACAAAAUAAGCAGAUGGAGGACAUUCCCGAGGAGGAGUGCUGGCUCUUCAAACCCUCUAAGGUGACAGGUCCAACUGCUUCUCCCUCAAAUAACUCCUGCUUCCUAUGGGCGCGCGAGGUCUUCGAUUCACCCUCUUCCGAGUUCUACCACCGUCGCCGUGAUCUUUUGAACCGGCUUGAGUUUAUUCUUGCCACAGAACCGGCCAAACGCCUACCCUACCUUGGUGGAAGCGUUCCUGCUCUCAACACCAACCUUCCUACCGUCGCUCCUACACCCCUUGCCAAAUCUCGCGCCAUCGGCGGUGGUAGUGGACAGAAUUUUGGUCCGGGUAGCAGCGCUACUUUCAUUCGUCCAAAACGUCACGCCUCUGAGAUGGUGCCACAACACUCGCAUCAGCGCUCCUCUCCCGUUGGCAACCGCUCUCCAGUGCCUUUCAAGACCUCUUCAGGUUCAACUGACGAUCUGCAAAAUGUCGCCGACUUGCAGAGUAUGGCUCGUAAACAAGAGGAUGAACUGAAAGCAGAAGUUGCGGCUAUCUCCGCCCACCAACAAGCCUCGCGCAUGGGUAGUAGCCAACAGUCUCUCAAUUCGGCUAACCGAUCCGGCCAAGAGAGCCCCUACAACAGCCAAUCGCGGCUCAAUGUAUCCUCCAGCCCCUUGCCUAGCGACAUUGCCAAGCAACAGAUGACAGCCCUGCGACUAUCACUCGACAGCCAACGCCAUGCUUCAGCAGUACAUCGUGGUGAUGGGAGCGAAGAGAAUAUGAUAGUAGAUGGUGAGGCGAGUGUCACCUCACCGAGCCUGCGAAGCAGUCUGAAUCAGAUGCAGCCACCCCUCAUGGAUAAUUUUCCUCCAUCGGGCGCUCAACAAGCGGUGAUUGUGGGCAGACCGAUGGGCAUGAUGGUUUCUCGCCUGCCCGCUCCAAUACGUCGGGGGCCUCGGUUCCCCAGCACUGAGACUCUCCCCUCUUUCGGUUGGGGUGAUGGUCUCUAUCCCGGUGGACCGAUGCGGCGUAGCAGCCAGGAGCAACUCGCCGCUCGGCGCAUUCCCAUGCCUCCGCCGCGCUCGGGUUCCUCACUCUCUAGUGUAGGACUUCAGCAACAGUAG